AUGACCGUGGUGGACUCAGUUUCAGGUUCGGCCAACUCCCUCUUCACGGCCGUCAACGCCUACGCCGCGUCGCAUCAUGACGGGCUGGUCGCCCUCGCCCUCUUCGCGGGCGUCAUCGUCGCCUUUUCCGGAAGGACCAUCCUGAAGCCGACUGUCUUUCUCAUCGGCUUCGCCCCGACCGCCGUGAUCAUCACCGCGCUAGGUCUAGCUCUCAUCGCGGAGGAGCACCCGGGCACCGACCGCCAGUCCCUGCUCGAGGCUGUCGUCGUCGCCCUCGCCACCCUCGCGGGAAUCCUCGUCGGCGUCGUCAUGCUGCGCCUGCUGUUCGGCAUUGCGACGUUCAUGCUGUGCGCGGGCUUCGGCGCCGUCAUGGUCUUUGUGCUGCAUCUGUUCCUGAUGGAGCCGGCCACGGGGAAGAACGGCCAGAUCGUACUCUACGUCAUCGCCAUCUUCGCCUCCCUUCUCGUCGGGCUGUUUUCCGUCAGCUAUCCAGAGACGGGCAUCAUCCUGGGCACAGCAUUCGACGGCGCCGCGCUCUCCGUGUACUCCCUCGCUCGCUUUCUGGGACACAGACCUAAUAUCUUCGCCGCGGACAUCCCGACGGCCACCGACGCCGAACCGGACUCGCCAUGGUGGGCGAUAGGCUACGCCAUCGCCACCAUCGUCCUGGGUGUCUUUGGUGGCAUGAGCCAGCGUCGAGUCGCCUUGGCAGACGCCAUUAUUACGCGACAGAGGCAAAUCAAAGACAACCCUAGUGAGCCCACGUACGAUGAGGAGGCCAAUAUUCCGUACGGGAGCAAUCUAGAUGAGAUCGAUCCAUUACUCGCGGUGGCUGAACCGCCCCGCACCCCGCCCUAUAUGAAAUCAAGCGUGAGUUCGCCCGGGAGUAGGUAUGGUGCUUUGGAGCAGGACAACAAUCAGUACUCGGUCGUACGCAACUUGGGCGCUGGCCCACUGGGGCAAUCGGAGGAGGAUUUCCCACCGGCCAAGGGCUCGAACGGGCCCUUGUAA